AUGGCCGACGCCUGGCAGUCCAGAGCUGCCCAAUAUCGACAAGACCUCCAAGAGUCCAUCCCUCCCGAAUGGAGGAUUUCGGUCACCCCAUCAUGCUACCCCGUUUCCGAAUACCUCUCCCAAAGCUCCCUCUUUACCCAUACCGAGCAGUCGAUUCUCAAAUCGGAUGCCACCGGCCUUCGAGACGCCAUCGCAGCUCGUGAAUUCUCAGCAUGCUCUGUUACGGUGGCAUAUGCCAAAGCUGGAGCGGUAGCCCAUCAGACGACCAACUGCUUGUUCGAUUUCUUUCCAGAUGAAGCAAUCCAGAGGGCAAAAUGGCUCGAUGAAGAGUUGGAAAAGGGCGGACCUGUGGGGGCUCUGCACGGGGUGCCGAUAUCAGUCAAGAGUUCUUUCGGCAUCAAGGGGCAUCGAAUGACAAGGGGAUUUCUCAGCGACGUCGACAGUGCGCCCGCAGAAGAGGAUGCUACCAUCAUUUCUAUCCUUCGGAACGCCGGGGCUGUGUUCAUCCUCACCACCGCCCUCCCCCAGUCCAUCAUGCACCUAGAAACAGACUCUUUCCUCGGGCCUUGCUUGAACCCGCACAAUCCCAAACUGACUCCCGGCGGAAGCUCGGGAGGGGAGAGUGCCAUUAUUGCUGCUGGGUGCAGUGUCCUAGGGAUUGGAUCUGAUAUCGGUGGGAGUAUACGAGCUCCGGCUGGAGCCGCUGGCAUAUUUGGAUUCAAGCCCACUGCCAUCCGUCUUCCCAAAUCUGGCUGUACCUCGAUGAUGCCCGGCCAAGAAGCAAUCCCAGGUGCCUUUGGUCCGAUGGGUAAAUCUCCUAGGGACAUGGAGCUCUUUGUCCAUACCGUCCUCCAAGCAGAAACGUGGAAGACGGACCCGACCCAAGCAGGGAUGCCCUGGGUUCCUGGACGGGUAAACUGGGUGGGAGGGGACAAACCGAGGGUGGGGGUGAUGUGGGAUGAUGGAGUGGUCGUGCCGCAGCCACCUAUCCAACGAGCACUGAAGACGGCUGCAGACUCGUUGAAGAAGGCAGGGUAUGAGGUGGUCGACUUUGAGCCAUUCAAAGCUGCAGAGUCUUGGGAACUCGUCUCGUCGCUCUACUUUACUGAUGGGGGAGCUCGAAUCAUCAAAUGUGCGGCAGAGUCGGGCGAACCGGUCUUGCCUCUUACCAAGUGGAUCAUGUCACAGAAUUGCCGAGAGAGGACGAUGGAAGAGCUUCAUGAACUUGUGAGAACACGAGAUAAAUUCCGAGCAAAUUUCAAUCACCACUUGUCAGCUUCUGGCGUCGACAUCAUACUAUCUCCUACGGGCUACGGGCCGGCCCAGCCCUUAGAAACGACAGCCUACUGGUCCUAUACAUCCAUGUGGAACCUCUUGGAUCUUCCUUCGGCAAGUUUUCCCACCGGCCUCUUUGUAGAUGUUGCAUUGGAUGGGAAGCAGACAAGGGAGAUGUAUCUUGGCGAGGAAGAUGCAAAGAUUCAUGCUAGAUAUGACCCACACCUGUUGGUGGGCGCACCUCUGAGUCUGCAGAUUGCAGGUAGUCGAUGGGAAGACGAGAAGGUGAUGGAGGCAUUGAAUUUGGUAUCUCGGGUAGUGCAAGGGGAUACAAAGUAG